UGUGCCUCUCCUGAGAGACUCCUCCUAGGAGAGAUAACCAGCUCUCCAGCCUCUUUGGGAUCCAGCUUCCUCUCUGCUCCGGUCUAAAGCCUCGCAGAGCUCUGGAAGACUCGAUUUUUGCCAGCCAGGCCAGGAGGGAUCUGCACAGCGAGGCUUAUAAUUCAAGACAGCACAAACCAGAAACACACAAGCUCUUAUGAGGAUAUACAAAGCAGAAGCUGCUAUGGAGAAUCAUGUCACACAGAUUUCCCGAGAGGACCUGGAAGAUCUCAGAGAGGCCUUUAAUAAAAUUGAUAUUGAUAACAGCGGCUAUGUGAGCGACUUUGAGCUUCAGGAGCUGUUCAGAGAGGCAAGCUUCUCGCUGCCGGGUUACAAGGUACGAGAGAUCAUCGAGACCUUCAUAGCUGGAGACACCAACAAGGACGAGAAGAUCAGCUUUGAUGAAUUUGUCUCUAUCUAUCAGGAGCUGAAGAGCAAGGAGUUCAGUGAGACGUUCAGGAAAACCAUCACGAGGAGAGAUGGGAUCCGAUCUUUUGGAGGAACAUCAGGAAUCUCCAGCGAGGGAACGCAGCACUCCUAUGCUGAUGAGGAGAAGGUGGCUUUUGUCAACUGGAUCAACAAAGCUUUGGCAAAAGAUCCAGACUGCCAACACCUGCUGCCCAUGAACCCUAGAGAUGAAAGCCUCUUCACUUCUGUCCGCGAUGGCAUCCUGCUAUGCAAAAUGAUCAACCUGUCUCAACCUGACACGAUUGACGAAAGAGUCAUCAACACUAAGAAACUUACCACCUUCAAAAUGACAGAGAAUCUGGUCCUGGCUCUGAAUUCGGCCUCGGCGAUCGGCUGCACGGUGGUGAGCAUUGACGCCCAUGACCUGAUGGCUGGGAAACCCCAUUUGGUUCUGGGACUGCUCUGGCAGAUUAUCAAAGUUGGCCUGUUUGCUGAUAUAGAAAUCAGCAGGAACGAAGGUCUAAUUUCGCUUUUGAUAGCUGGAGAACAACUGGACCAUCUAAUGUCCAUGUCCCCCGAAGAGCUGCUGCUGCGCUGGGUCAACUAUCAUCUACGCAACGCAGGAACUCAAACAAUCAACAACUUCAGUGACGACAUCAAGGACUCACGGGCCUACUUCUACCUGUUGGACCAGAUCGCUCCUCAAGGAGAGCAUGACUACAGAAUGAGUGUCAAAAUCGACAUGAGCGGCCUCAAUGAGCGUGAUUUGGAUCGAAGGGCUGAGCUGAUGCUGCAGCAGGCGGCCCGGCUGGACUGCAGACAGUUUGUUUCUCCCCGUGACGUCACAUCUGGAAACAGCAAACUCAACUUGGCCUUUGUGGCCAACCUGUUCAACAUGCACCCUGCUCUGCAGAGAGCUCAGAUCAACAGCAAUGGCAUAGAGACUACACACAUAGAGGCUGAGACCAAAGAAGAGAAAACAUUUCGCAACUGGAUCAACUCCCUGGGCGUCUCUCCAUAUGUCAACCACCUGUACUGUGAUCUGUGUGAUGGUUUGGUGAUUUUGCAGCUUUAUGAGAAGGUUAAUGUGCCUGUGAACUGGAAGAAAGUCAACAACCCACCUUAUCCUGUCCUGGGGGCGAAUAUGAAGAAGCUGGAGAACUGUAACUACGCUGUGGAGCUGGGCAGGGAUGUAGCUCACUUCUCUCUGGUUGGUAUUGGAGGAGAAAACCUAAAUGAGGGGAGCCGCACGCACACUCUGGCACUGGUCUGGCAGCUGAUGAGAAGGUACACAGUGCUGGUUUUGUCAGAUCUGGGAGAUGGAGAAAGGGUUGGAGAUCAGAUCAUCCUCAGCUGGGUUAACACCACCCUGAGCCAGAAACGCAAGGACACACAGAUCAACAGCUUCAAGGACAAACUGAUCAGUACAAGCCUGCCAGUAAUUGACCUGAUUGAUGCCAUUGCUCCUGGUACUGUCAAAUGGGACAUGGUGAAGAGAGCAGAGAGACGAAUGCUGACAGAUGCAGAUAAACUCAACAACGCCAAGUAUGCGAUCUCACUGGCCCGUAAGAUCGGAGCUCGUGUUUACGCGCUGCCUGAUGAUUUGGUGGAGGUUAAUCCCAAGAUGGUGCUGACGCUGUUCGCCUGCCUCAUGGGCCAUGGAUUGAAAAAGGCCAACCGCUGAAGAAACAAAACAAAACAGACACAAACAACAUCACUGUAAUUCCUUGACCUUUGACCUUGCUAAGAUCACCCAACGGAAGCAUUUAUAUUCUGUUCAUGAGAACAAUAAGUCCUUUUAAAGUUAAAAAUCAUUUCUCAUCAGCUAAGCCACUCAUUUGUUUGGUAUCUGUGAUUUUAUACAACAAGCACCUAAUUGUUCUUUGCGAUAUCUUAUUUAAGAUGACUUUACAUCUAUGUACUUAUAUAUAUAGACAGGAGAUAUAGUAGAAGGAAAAGCAGAAUCAUAUACACACCUCUUCUUUCAGUAAUACUUAAAGGCUGUAAAUGUUGUGCAUUGAAUAUUGCUAUUUAAUUAUUAAAAAGAAUCUGUUAAAUGUA